UGUUAAUGUGAUGCCCUACAAGCUCUUCAAAAAGUUAGAAGUAUAGUGAACUUAAGAUCUCUAGGCUUAGCAUCACAUCAGCCGACCGUUCGGUCAUUAGCUCGAGAGGUAUAGUGGAGGACAUGAUGGUGAGAGUGGGCAAGUUUUUCUAUCCGACCGAUUUCGUGAUUCUCGUCAUAAGUGAGGACUCGAAUAUGCCCCUCAUCCUCGGUCGUCCCUUUCUUGCAACCGCCAACGCAUUGAUAGACGUUAAUGAGGGGACCCUAAUUUUGAGGGAUGGUAAGGAGAGAAUCAAGCUUGAAAUUGAUCAUAGGGUUAGGAGUGAUGAAGUGAAGGGAGUAGUUUCAAAUGAUGUGAAUGAGAGUGGAGGAGAGCCUCUCAAGGCAAACCCCACCGUUACUUGUGUUGGCUUUGAUGGUGUUGAGCAGGAAGUUAAGAAGGGUCCUAAGAUGGGAGGCUACAAGCCUCGCCCCGAGAGUGUGGUGGAUCCGCUCACGAUGUCAUCAUGUUUGAAGUCGUGAUCGAUCCCCAACCGUCAAGCUAAUGACGAUAAACAAGCGCUUGUUGGGAGGCAACCCAACAGAGGUUUGUUUUCUUUUCCAUAGUUUUCGUUAUAGUGUCUUGUGAAGAGUUCGAGUGGUGAAGUGCUGUCCUCGUGUCGGGUGUUGUGUUUUUUCAGUUUAUGGUUGUGUUGGGAUCGAUUAGGAGGCACGGAGGAAUAGGUUGAGUCAGAAUUUUAGUAGAGGUGCCCUAUUUUCACUAUAGUUCACGGUCUUGUAAGACUGUGAACAUGCGAACGCGUCCAUGAACUGGGUACUGAUGCAUAUUCACCACCUGUCAACCACUCCGUGUUCACGGAUGCGUUUGAGAGUUCACUGUCUCUACGACCGUGAACUGGGCAACGUGUCCGUGAACUCUUAGCCCUGCCUAUAAAAGGGGUGUGAAUGG